AUGGACGACUUCUUCCUGCGCCAUGACGUCUACAAGGACCGCGACGCAGACGAGCUCGGCGGCAAGGUCAACUCGGACUCGGAAGCGAGCGACGAAGAGCCAUCGCUGCCCGCCUCCGCUGCCGACCCGACGGGGCCGUGGUCCCAAGCCAAGUACGCGCGGCAAGGCAAGCGCCGAACCUUCACGCCUGCUACGCACACGGGACCAAAGGGCGUCUUGACCGACUACAGAGCGUACAAGCAAGCCAAGGCCGCCGAGCGCCGGCAGAACGAGGCGGUGCGCACGGCGGUGAUGAACCGUAUCGCCAAGGGCCACACAGUGCCGGCCGUCGCAGCCAACAACCCGACAGGAUUGAGCGACAACGACUCGGACGCCGACUUGAGCGACUUGAGCGACGACGAAAUGAUGAAGGAAUAUUGCGCCAAGCGCAUGCUCGAGAUGACGAUGGCCGAGCGGGACGGGCGGCCUGCCUUUGGUACCCUGCAGUACUCGGACCCGUUUGGCUUUGUCGAUACCGUUGACGCCGCCGACGCCCGCGUGCACGUCAUCGUCCACAUGUGCGACGAGCGCAACCAAGUGUGCGUGGCGAUCAACCACUGCCUCGAGCAGCUUUGCCUGGCGUACGUCCACACGCAGUUUCUCGUCGUCGACGCCAAGCAGGCCGAUGCGACUUUUGACGCGAGCGACUUGCCGAUCUUCAUGGUGUACAAGGGCGGCGCCCAAGUCGAGAGUCUCGUCCACGUCUUCAAGCAGCUCCAAGGCACCAUCUCGACCGAGCGUCUCGCAUCCCUUCUGUCGCCAUAUCUCGGCUAG